CUUUCCCCAAAAACCUUUGGGAGAAACCCUAGCGACUUCCCCCAAAAUUCACACACGGCAAAACAGAUGGCUUGGAGAGGGUCGGUUUGUAGAUCUUUCGUCUCCACCGCGAGGGCUUCAGUGUUACGCUCGACGCCCCGCCGUGUCACGCCUCCUCCGCUUGCUGCUCCUCGCCGGAUUGUUUUCUCGAACCCUAGGACACUUGGGGUACUGGGAUGCGCGCAGUCAAUGUUGCCACUGAAUAGCGGGAUUAGGCUGACAUCUUACUUGACCGUCAAUGUGCGGGCCUGCUGUGAGUUGUCCCAAGGCACUUGAAGAUGAUGUUACACAGGGCGCGCAAGUGCUUGAAGAUUUGUGGUCUUGCCAAAAUAGGUAUUUCGCAGGAACUGUCCCCCGGGAAAUCACAAAAGAAACACCAAUAAAGAACAUAUAUAAGUGUUCUUCGUAUGUACCUAGAUCGUAGUUGCAAUUUGAGGCUAGGCAGCAGCAGCAGUUUGACAUGAAACACUGAGCACUCUUUAGUCUUUCCGCGCUCAUGAUUUAUUUGAAUACUUUCAUGUGA